CUUUUUCAAAUUCCCUAUUUCAAUUCCACACCUACAAAUCGAUCCCCAAUUUCCGCCUUCAAAUUUCCCAUAUUGCCCUCCACGGACCGCCAAUGUCUGCAACCCUAGCCCUCUCCGGCCUCUCCUUCUCCGCCGCGGCGAACCACAAGCUCUCCUCCGCCGCUUUUACCGACAUGCCCCUGCCUCGCCGGCAGCUGAAGGUCUCCGUGAGGGCGUUCGCCGAGACGGAGCGGCGGCCGGCGACGGCGGAUCCGGCGAGCCUGUACGAGGUUCUGCAGGUGAAGAACAACGCGUCGCAGACGGAGAUCAAGUCGGCGUACAGGAGCUUGGCGAAGCUGCACCACCCGGACGCGUCGUUGGAGGCCGAAUCGGACGGCCGGGAUUUCAUCGAGAUUCACAACGCGUACGCCACGCUGUCGGAUCCGGCGGCCAGGGCGAUGUAUGAUCUGUCGCUGAGUGCUCAUGUUCAUUGUGAUAGCCGGAGAAGCGCGGUCGGGUUUCGGCCCAAUGGGUUUUAUUCGACCCGGAGGUGGGAAACGGACCAGUGCUGGUAGAAUCCCGCUGGGGACCAAUCCACCUAUUUUUCAUUAUUUUUUUCUCAUUUUUUUUUCUUUUGUUUUUUGGCCGCGUAGAAUUUUAAGAAUCACGACCUGUAAAGAGUAGAAGAGAAAUUUUGUAAAUUCUGAUCACUAUGAACUAUGCAGUGAAUAUUUUUAGUUCA